GGAGCAGAAAAUAGUGCUGAAAUUAGGGGACACUCAUCACACUCUCAUGUUUGACAAUUUACGUACCUUUGCUCUGCCUCCUUGACCCACCAAUUAGUUUAAUUCCUUCAUCAGUCCGGUAUAUGUAGGUGUAUAUAACCUUUUACAGAAUCAGAGAAACAUUAACCCAACAGUAAUAAAACCCAAAAAAGAAGAAAAAAAAAAAAAGAAAAGUUGAAGAAUUAAUAAUUGAUAUUAUAUACUAGUAUGACAAUACAGAAGAGAAGAAAAAGAAGCCCACGUCACGAGUUUGGACCUUUGUGAAAGUACCCUUUUAAGGCUCUCUCACUCACGUUCUAUAUUCUAAUCAACUCUCUUCCGUAGGGGCUCUGUAAUUCUUUCUGUUAUAACUUUAUGAGAUCUGCUCCUCUUCCCUCAUUUUCUAGUUUUAUUUUCCUUUUCUUUUUCAAAGCUUAUUUUCUCGUCAACGCUCUUUUUUUAUUUCCCCAUAUAUAUUAAGUAAGUUGCGAGAUAUAAUAAUCUAAUACCCACAGAUCCUUUCAUUUAUACUAUAUUUAUAUACACAUGUUAGUUUAUCUUUCUAUACUUAUUCAUAUAAACUAGUACUGACCACCGUAAAGCUCCAACCAGAAAAACAAAACCAUGUUGAGAAAAUUGGAAACUUAGUACAUCACAGAAUAUUCCAGUUCGGUUUCAAACAAACCGGACACAUUUUCUGUCAGAGAAAGAAAAAACAGUACCAAAAAAGCGAAAAAAAGAUUUAGCAAAAUCACAAUGAGAGAGCAGGGGCUUGUUGGUCAUUUUACAGAGAUGAUCUGGCGGCCAUUUAUGAAAUCUUCAGCCAAGUCCUCUACUCUUCUUCUCGUCGUGAUCUUUCUUUUUGCCGGUGCAUUUGUUUCCAUGCGUUCAGUUACCACUAAUGUCGCUUCUAUGACUAUAUCACCAAUUUUAAGCAGAACAUCACACAAGUACCCCCAAAAGCAACCUGAAAUUUCCAAAACACCCCGACCAAAAAUCGAAAUCCCACUGAACUGUACUGAUUACAACCCCACACAUACCUGCCCUACGAAUUAUCCCACUACAUUCAACCCAGAAGAAGAUGAUCAGGACCGUCCCUCUCCUUCCACGUGUCCUGAAUACUUCCGCUGGAUCCACGAAGACCUGAGACCAUGGGCACAAACAGGUAUAACAAGAGAAAUGGUGGAUAGGGCCAAACGUACAGCUAACUUUAGACUCGUGAUAGUGAAGGGAAAGGCUUACGUAGAGAAGUAUCAGAAGUCAUUCCAGACAAGAGAUGUUUUUACGCUGUGGGGAAUUCUACAGUUGUUACGGAGGUACCCUGGAAGAGUACCAGAUUUGGAUUUGAUGUUCGACUGUGUGGACUGGCCAGUUAUUCUUUCUAAGGCAUAUAGUGGACUCAAUGCCACGUCACCACCUCCAUUGUUUCGUUACUGUGGUGAUGAUAGUUCACUUGAUAUAGUCUUUCCUGAUUGGUCGUUUUGGGGUUGGCCUGAAAUAAACAUAAAGCCUUGGGUGCCUUUAUUGAAGGAGUUAGAGGAAGGAAACAAUAGAGCAAGAUGGGUGGACAGAGAACCUUAUGCUUAUUGGAAAGGAAAUCCAGUUGUUGCAGCAACUAGGCAAGACCUUCUUAAAUGUAAUGUCUCGGACCAACAAGAAUGGAAUGCUCGUGUUUAUGCCCAGGAUUGGGGUCGAGAAACACAAGAAGGCUACAAACAAUCAAAUUUGGCUAGUCAAUGUGUUCAUAGGUAUAAGAUAUACAUUGAAGGAUCUGCUUGGUCUGUUAGUGAAAAAUAUAUUCUUGCAUGUGACUCUGUUACAUUACUAGUAAAGCCACGUUAUUAUGACUUCUUUACUCGAGGUUUAAUACCAGGGCAACAUUAUUGGCCCAUAAAGGAUGACCACAAGUGCAAAUCCAUUAAGUUUGCUGUUGACUGGGGAAAUUCUCACCAAAAAGAGGCACAAGAAAUCGGAAAAAGGGCAAGUGAAUUCAUUAAAAAUGAGUUGAAAAUGGAGUAUGUGUACGACUACAUGUUUCAUCUUCUAAAUGAAUAUGCAAAACUAUUACAAUAUAAGCCCACUAUACCUCCUAAAGCUACUGAACUCUGUUCAGAGGCUAUGGCUUGCCGAGCAAGAGGAUUAAACAAGAAGUUUAUGAAGGAAUCAAUUGUGAAGAGUCCUGCAGACACUGGCCCAUGUACCAUGCCUUCUCCUUAUGGUCCUUCGUCUCUGUUUUCAGUUCUUCGAAAAAAUGCUAAUUCAAUUAAAGAAAUAGAUUUGUGGGAAAAAAAGUAUUGGGAGAAUCAAGACAAGCUGCAAUAGGGAGGCUUUGAUUAAUUUAUAUUUAAUUUUAUAUAUGCAUGAAGUACAGAAGCCAAAUUAGCUAGUUUCAUGUAUAAUUCAUUUGGUUUUACAUGUUUUUUAGUGGAAUAAAAACACUUUCACAAAAUAAUUAUUAAUUUAGUAAUAAAUAAUCACACAUUUUUUUUUCUC